CUCGUUUUAUGUGUGCGUCUUGCAUACUUACCUACCGAAUGAGGAUGUAUGUUGUCUGUUGGAGCGCCGGCUUAUUACAUGUGAUAUUACUACCCCCUUCUCAGCAAUUGCAUGCAUUCGACCAACAGGAUUGGAAUGUGCAAGAUCAAGGGGCAACGCAGCCAGGGUACGGGUGUCCGCAAACUGUAAUCUCAGAUCUUGGGCAGGUGGCUCCGAUCCUUUACCUCAUUCCUCGACUCACACGUUUCAAGUUUCAAUCAAGUUCAUAAG